AUGAAAUCAUUUUUCAGCACUUCUUGUUAUAAUAAGAAAUCUAAUCUCUCACCAAAUCUAACAAACAAUAAAUAGGUUGAUUAAUCUGAAUCAUUUACCAAUUUUAACAAUAUAUAGACAACUUUAAAAAAACCAGAACUUUAUGAUCCAAAAUGUUUUAUUUAUAAUCUAAUUUAGGUUUGUAAUACUAAUACAAUGUAGAAGUUGAAGGGGUUAUUUUUGAUGUACUAGCUCCUUGCAUUUUAUUAGAUGAAUUUUUAUCAGAAAAUAUUGAAAUAGAAGAAUGA